GGUGAACGGAAAAAUCCUUGAUUUCUCAAGAUUUCAAUAAAGAAAUCCUCGAUUUCAACUUUUUCCAAACCCUACUCAAAUAAUUUAUACUUCCCUUCUCUCUACCGAUAACCAUCAUCUCGAAUUCUCUUCUAUUAUCCAUAUAGCUUUCAGUAUUCUUGCCACUCAGGUUCUUAAUGGAGAAACUCUGGUCGAUCUUGUCGAACAAGGUGAAAGAAUCGAAUAAAAUCACAGAAGAAAAGGUUCUUGAAGAUUGGAUUGCCGGCAUCAUUCGGGUUCUCCUUCAAUCAGAUGUCGACUUCAAGAUUGUCCGUGAAAUUGAACGUAAAAUCAAGACACUUAUCAAAUCGGAUGACCUAGAAUCUGGGCGCAACAAAUUCAUUAUCCUACACCAGGCUAUAUUCAGUGAAAUCUGCAAGAUAUUGGAUGUUGGACGUCCUUCAUUCAUCCCUAAGAAACGAAAACCAAGUGUUGUCAUGUUUGUAGGUUUGCAAGGAUGUGGUAAAACGACCACCUGUACAAAGUAUGCAUACUACCACGCGAGAAAAGGUUGGAAGCCUGCUUUGGUCUGUGCAGAUACAUUUAGAGCUGGCGCUUUUGAUCAGCUGAAGCAUGAUGCGCUUAAAGCUAGAAUUCCAUUUUAUGGAAGCUACACCGAGUCUGAUCCUGUUAAACUAGCUGUUCAAGGGGUGGCAAAUUUCAAGAAAAAAAAUGUUAACCUGAUAAUUGUGGAUACUCGUGUAUGCCACAAACAGGAUGCUUCCCUGCUGGAAGAGCUGCACCAAGUUUCUGAAGCAAUUCAACCCGACCUUGUUAUAUUUGUCAUGGAUAGUAGGAUCGGACAAGCAGCUUCCAAUCAGGCCCAAGCAUUUAAAAGAAGUGUUGAAGUUGGUGCGGUCAUUGUUACCAAAAUGGAAGGUCAUGCAAAGGGAGGUGGUGCUCUCAGCAUAGUCAAAGCGACAAAAAGUCCUGUUAUUUUUAUUGGCUUCGGUGAACAGAUGGAUGCGUUGAAAGAAUUUGAUCUAAAAUCAUUUGUGAGCCGCCUUCUAGGCAUGUUUGAUUGGUAUGGUUUCAUGCAUCGACAACCUGAGCUUCUUGAAAAAGUUUCUGAAGGAGAAAGCACGUUCAGGAUUAUGUAUGAGCACUUGCAGAAUGCACUUAAAAUUGGGCCUGGUGGACAGAUCCCAGGAUUCAGCAAAGACCAUUCAAAAGAAAGCGAGACAAAGUUAAAACAUUACAAGGCAUUUAUGGACUCAAUGACUAACGGAGGCAAGUUUUGAUUAGUUUGUGUUGAUGUCUAAGUUCUCUGCUUCUGUUUCCCGGCAUUUGCCUAAAAAUAUCUGCAUAUCAAUGUAGAAUUGGAUGGUGAAUUUCUCAGUUUAGCACGGAUGAAUCGGAUAGCUAUGGGAUGUGGUUGUCAGUUGAGUGAAGUAAUCGAAAUGGUGGAAGGAUACUAUCAGUUCUGUAAAGAGAUGAUGAGUAUGUUUGGAGAUGCAGCCAGGCACUAGAUUUUCUUUACUGCCACAUGCAUUAACUAAAUUGAUGUAAAUACAAUAUCUUCCCAAUCUUCUACUACCAGUUCUGUGAAGAUAUGUGCAUGUUUGGAGUCAGGGAUAAGCUGUAGAUUUAUUUUACUGACAAAUGCAAAAACUAUAUUGAUAUCAAUACAAGAUCUUCCGAA